UGAACACUGAAAAAGCAAUUGAAAAUUGAAAUAUCGAGAGAGAGAGAGAGAGAGAGAGGCCUUGGGGGUUUCUUCACUUUGGUGAUGGUGUUGUCGAAUCCAAAAAAGCAUAUACUCAUAUUUCCGCUAUCCCACAGUGUCAUCUCUGUCAUUUCACUGUUCAUGCUCUUCUCCUUCUCCACCGGUGGCGGUGUCUUUUGGAAAUGGGUUGUGUUCGCCGAAGCUAGCACUGGAAGCACCGGGUCAGGGAGGAAGGGCUGGAUUGUUGGUGGCGCUGGCGGUGGUUUCUGGGGCGCCGCUACGGCUCCAUCCAAUGUUGGUAUCGCCAUCGCUGUCACGGCCAUGGCCGGUAUCGCCUUGGCCGGCACCGUCGUCUAUUCUCGUAGGUAAAACAACAAAAUCAACAAUCAAAAUCCUAAUUCUUUCGAAUAACCGAGUAUCUAAUUCUAAAUUUAGAUUAACCGUCCCCAAAGAAACCCUAUAUAGAUAUAUCUAGAUGUUGAUGCAGCAGAAACCGUUGAUGAAAGCCUUAAGGCGAAGCCACACUCCUUCCUCUUCAUCUUCUUCGCCGUCAAAUUCCUCCUCACCGUCGUCAUCUUCAUCGUGGAUUCAUUUGAGAUCAAUUUUAUUAGUUGUUGCUUCCUCUUCAUCGUCGUCUUCAUCAUCUUCUUCCUCACCAGUUUCCACUAAUCGGGGUGGACUUAAAUCACCUUGGUCGCGUAGGAGAAGAAAACAAGCGCUUUUACCAAAGCAAUGGAAAAGUUUAUCUAUGCCUGAUGGGAAACUGUGUGAUGGUGGUGUUAAGUUUCUGAAGAAAGCACGAAGUGGGGGUAUUGAUCCAAGUCUUAGACCAGAGGUUUGGCCAUUUCUCCUUGGAAUCUAUGAUGUGAACAGUUCCAAGGAAGAAAGAGAUUGCAUCAGAGAUCAGAAAAGAAAAGAAUAUGAGAAUCUACGGAAACAGUGCCGGCGGAAGCUCAAACGCAAUGACAGGAGUCUUAAGGCCAAGGAAGCUGCUGAAAUCAGCAGUGCUGAGGUUAGUGGGGACUUGAGUCAAGUUAUGGAUUCUCCUAGAUUAGAAGAUGUUGCUAGUUCCAGGAGGUCACCUUCUGCUGAGCAAGGCAACUUAGCUGCCGAGGAUUCGGAUUGCCCCGACCAAGCCCCUCAGGACUCUGACUCAAUAUUGGAAGGAGAUGGUGGUAGUGUGGUCACUUAUGAAGAUGGCUUGGCUGGAGACACAGAGUCAAGUGAUUCUGAUUCCUCUGAAGAACCUGAAAUUGCAGAAUCUUUUCUUGCAACUGAAUUUACUGGUGAAAAUGAUUUUCAUCUGCCUUCUUGGGGGAAUUCCUCUCCCUCUGAGACAGAAAGCAAGUUGAAAUUGCAGAAAGAUGAGGAUUUUGCCACAUGGCAGAGAAUCAUGCGUGUUGAUGCAGUGCGGGCAAAUGGUGAAUGGAUAAUGUACUCACCAUCUCAGGCUGCAGUACCAGAGAUGAAGGCACGGAGGUUGGCUGAGAGUGUAGGGUUGCAGGACUAUGAUCACUUGGAGCCAAACAGGAUCUUUCAUGCUGCUCGCCUUGUUACUAUCCUUGAGGCAUAUGCACUUUAUGAUCCUGAGAUUGGUUACUGUCAAGGAAUGAGCGAUUUACUCUCACCCAUUAUUGCAGUGAUGGAGGAGGAUUUUUUAGCCUUCUGGUGUUUUGUGGGCUUCAUGAAGAAAGCUCGGCAUAAUUUCCGGCUUGAUGAAGUGGGAAUCCGGAGGCAAUUGGGUAUUGUUUCCAAGAUAAUCAAGUGCAAGGAUAGCCAUCUCUACAAGCACCUGGAGAAGCUUCAAGCAGAAGACUGCUUCUUUGUGUACAGAAUGGUGGUAGUCCUUUUCAGAAGGGAGUUGAACCUUGAUCAAACACUCUGCCUCUGGGAGGUGAUGUGGGCAGACCAAGCAGCAAUACGGGCAGGGAUUGCCAGGUCUGCCUGGGGGAGGAUGAGGCUAAGGGCCCCUCCUAGUGAUGAUCUGCUGCUUUAUGCAAUAGCAGCUUGUGUGCUGCAGAGGAGGAAACUGAUCAUUGAGAAGUACAGCAGUAUGGAUGAGAUCAUGAGAGAGUGCAAUAGCAUGGCUGGGCAGUUGGAUGUCUGGAAGCUUCUCGAUGAUGCUCAUGACUUGGUGGUCAACCUGCACGACAAGAUUUAAGAAAGAAUCUUUCUUAAGCCUCUCUCUCCCUUGUUCUCCGUAGAUUUCCAUUUUUUUUUCUCUUGUCCUUGUUGCGAUGUUCAGAUCCCUUCAAGACUAAGGGAUCUUCAGAUCACUUUACAAAUGCAACUUAAGGCAAUUUGUGUAAUGGGGUAAAUUAUGGAAUUACGAAUGCUGUGCCCGCACUCAGCCCACCUCGAGUGAUGGUGGCGUUAUUGCAAAAUUAGCAUUUCUGAUCUUCCUUUUCA